AUGGCUGUGGCUUCUAUGGAGCAGUACAGAAUCGGAAUUUAUGCUCCAAGUGUUAUGAAGAAUACCAACAGCAAGAAGAGAAUGCUUCUAGUUUCUUACAUGGGAAAGUUAAAUGCUCAAGUUGAAGAAGAUCCCAAGAAGCUCAAGCUCUAUUCCUACUGGAGAAGCUCCUGCUCCACCCGCGUUCGGAUUGCUCUCAAUCUCAAAGGCCUAAGCUUUGACUAUGUAGCUGUUAACAUGGCCAAAGGGGAGCACUCUACUGCUGAAUAUUUGAAACUCAAUCCUCUUGGCUAUGUGCCUGUGUUGGUGGAUGGUGACACUGUUGUUUUCGACUCUUUUGCCAUCUUAAUGUAUCUCGAUGACAAGUAUCCACAGCACCCAUUGCUGCCUCAUGAUCUUCAGAAAAAAGCUAUUAAUUACCAGGUAGCAAAUAUUGUUUCCUCAAGAAUACAGCCACUUCAGAAUCAACCUAUGGUAAAUUUUGUAGAGGGAAAAGUUGGUCUUGAUGAGAAGCUUGCUUGGGCUCAAUAUCACAUAGGCAAAGGCUUUGCAGGGCAGGUGCAUACUUUGUUGCUUAAUCAGUUGAUCAUUGUCUUUGCUUUUUCAAUAAUAAAACUAAACAGUGUUAAUAUCAGAUACAAGUCAAUAUAG